UCCACUACUUUUAUAAAAACUUAAAAGUACUUGAAUUGCAAUUCGCUCUAUUGAAAUUGAAAUUGGGACAAAUUUGACGUGGCAAUAUUCGAUCGGCGAACCGUCAUCACAGCCGCCGCUCGCCGGAACUAAAAGGCUCCGGCCACCAUCACUACCAAUAACAACAACAACAAAACAAAAACAAAUAAAGAUCCAAAUGAAGUUCACCAUCAACAACAAAACAACACCUUUCUCGUAACAUGGUGUCUUUCUUUUGCAAUGCCCUCUUUCAACCCCACCAACUACAACCAAAUUCAGCGUCCCUGUGUCAUCCAAUCAGUCCUCAAUUUAUGCUCCAAAGGCCUUAUAACCGAAGCGGUCAAAUCACUCGAUAAUUUAGCAUCCAAAGGCCUGCGUUUGGACACCAAAUCUUUAGCCUUUUUGUUGAAACAAUGUGCGAAUAAUAGAUUGAUUAAAGAAGGGAAAUGGGUGCAUUUGCAUAUGAAUGUUACAGGUCGGAAAAGACCCGGUACGUUCUUGUGUAAUCAGUUGAUUCAUAUGUAUUCGGAAUGUGGGGAUUCUGUUGGUGCACGUAAGGUGUUUGAUGAAAUGCCUGUGAGAAACUUGUAUUCGUGGAACAGUAUGCUUUCUGGGUAUGCUAAGUUGAGGAUGAUGGAGCCUGCUCGGACGUUGUUUGAUCGAAUGGGUGAGAAGGAUGUCGUGUCGUGGAAUACAAUGGUUAUAGGUUAUGCGCAUAACGAGGAUUUUAAUGAGGCGUUGAGGUUUUAUAAAGAGUUAAAAAUGUUGAAGAUAGGAUUGAAUGAGUUUAGUUUUGCUGGAGUUUUGACUGUUUGUGUGAAAAGAAAGGAUUUGGAACUCACGAGACAGGUUCAUGGGCAGGUGUUUGGUUUUGGUUUCUUGUCGAGUUUGGUGCUUUGUAGUUCGAUGAUUGACUGUUAUGUGAAAUGUGGCGAGAUGAGCGAUGCGAGAAAGCUGUUUGAUGAAAUGCCUAAAAGAGAUGUCGUUUCUUGGACUACUUUGAUUUCGGGUUAUGCAAAAUGGGGCGACAUGAAUACGGCUAGGCAGUUGUUUGACGACAUGCCGAAGAAGAAUCCUGUGUCUUGUAAUGCAAUGAUCUCCGGGUAUGCAAGAAACGGUUUCGGGCAUGAAGCGCUUGAGUUGUUCACAGAAAUGAUGGUUAAACGAGUUAAACCCGAUCAAUUCACUUUCAGCAGUGCUCUAUGUGCUUGUGCUAGCAUCCCAUCGAUCAAAAACGGUAAACAAAUCCACGGGUUUUUAAUCAAAACACAUUUCAAACCGAACACUAUAGUCGUUAGCUCUCUGAUCGACAUGUAUUCCAAAUGUGGAAAUCUAGCACUCGCUGAUCGUGUUUUCAAACUCACGAGUGAUAAAACCAACACGAUACUAUGGAACACUAUGAUAUCUGCAUUGGCACAACACGGUCAUGGAGAAUCAGCAAUGAACGUGUUCUCCGACAUGGUCAACUCACAAGUCAAACUAGAUAGAAUCACAUUCGUCGUGAUUCUAAAUGCAUGUAGUCAUUCGGGUCUAGUUAAAGACGGGCUAAAUACUUUCAACACGAUGAUGCAUGAACAUAAUGUUAUUCCUGAUGAAGAACACUAUGCGUGUUUGAUUGAUCUUUUGGGUCGAGCAGGGUGUUUUGAUGAGGUGGUAAAUCAGUUAAGAACAAUGCCUGUUAAACCCGAUGCUCGUGUAUGGAAAUCUUUACUAGGGAUAUGUAGGAUUCAUGGAAACUUAGACUUAGGAAUAAAAGCUGCUGAACGGUUAAUUGAGUUGGAACCAAGAUCUUCUGUAGGGUAUGUGUUGCUUUCGGGUAUGUAUGCAGCUUCCGGAAGGUGGGAACAUGUGUCGAAAGUGCGAAAACUUAUGAACGAAAGAGACGUGAGGAAAGAAAGAGGCGUUAGUUGGUUAGAAGACGGGAACAAGUUGCAUGCUUUUGCGGUAUCAGAUAAAUCGCACAUUUUAAAAGAUGAGCUUGAGUCAGUUUUGGAGAUUUUGUCUAUUCAGAUGGAAGAUGAUGAAUUGAUGAUGACUCCUUUUUCUGAUGCUUGAA